CUUCUCCCUCCGUCUCUCACUCCUCUCUGUACUCGGUAUGUCUUGGCCGUCAGCAGAACAGGCAGGAGAGCUCUCGGAAUAUUUGUAGUAAGGCGCGGUGAGGACUAGAAGCUUUGUUGUCAGCAUCAGGCGGAUCCGGUCUCCUCUCUGCGGCUCCAUGGCCUAAAUCUGGACCGGCGGUGGAUCCGCUGCAUCUGAAGCCUUCGAGAUGCCCCGAGGUCUCUGCAGCUGCACAACAACACCGUCACCGUUACCGGCCCGGGGACACAGCUAUGGUUUUCAGACGGAGAGCCAGGAUGUUGCGAUGGCUAGUGUGUGGUCGUUUGGGUCCAGUUUGGAUGUGGAAAGCACUGCUGCUAUUUGCGGCAAUUGCUUUCGCUGGGCAACUGCUGGGAGUCAUCUUCAACAAGAGUGUCCAGCCAGCUGCUCACUCCAUCUUCUCAUCCCCUGAUGCUCAGGGGCCCUCUCUAGGCUCCUGUCAGCCUCAUACCCACAUCAUGUUUCUCAAGACCCACAAGACAGCCAGCAGCACGGUACUCAACAUGCUCUACCGAUUUGGAGAGGAGCGCAACCUCCGCUUCGCCCUGCCGCUGGGCUACCAGCUGGGCUACCCGCUGCCCUUCAAUGCACACAGGGUCAAAGGCUAUCGAGGUCCCAGAGCCAUAGAGUUUCACAUAAUGGGCAAUCACAUGAGAUUUAAUAAGCUGGAGGUGGAGAAGGUGAUGCCUGCAGACACAUUCUACUUCUCCAUUAUCAGGGACCCAGUCACUCUAGCUGAGUCUUCCUUUGCCUAUUAUAAAGAGGUAGCACCUGCUUUUCGGAAAGCCAAAGGCUUGGGUGACUUUGCUGAUGACCCGAGGAAAUACUAUGACCCUCGUCUCCGCAACAAUCACUACGCCCGCAACCUGCUGUGGUUUGACUUUGGCAUGGACCAUAAUGCUAAUUUCUCCAUGGCACUGGCUCAGCGUGGUGAGGCCAUGAUCCGUCGGACCUUCAAGCUGAUUCUGGUGUCAGAGUACUUUGACCAGUCCAUGAUCCUGCUGAGACAUGCCCUCUGCUGGCCGCUGGAUGCUGUAGUCUCCUUCAGCCUUAACGCUCGGCAGCAGAAGCCCAUUAGCACUGGGGGGAUGAGUGGGAACUGGGUGGGCAAAGCGGCAGCUGCAGCUGCUAUUGGUGUUAGAGCUGGACGUUCACAACCCAAGACACCACCUAAUCUAUCACUAACAGAGGAUCAGCGAGAGAAGCUACGACAGUGGAAUGCCUUAGAUUGGUACCUUUACAAAGUCUUCAAUCGGACCUUCUGGGAGGAAAUUGACAGGUUUGGUCGUGCCCAGAUGGAGCAAGAAAUGACUCUUCUCAGGACGCGGCGAGAAGAUCUGGCCCGGGUCUGUCUCAGGGAUGGUGGAAAGCCUGUGGAGGCACAACGGAUCCGAGACAAAAAUAUCAGGCCCUACCAGAGUGGAUUAGUGAAGAUUCUUGGCUAUGAGCUCCAGCCAGGGCUGGACAAUAUAACUAUGAUGGCCUGUCUGAGGAUGAUCAGACCUGAGAUCCAAUACAAAGAUGUGUUGGAUACUAAACAGUUUCCACGGGCUCCUGCUGUCCAGGCUCAGUCAGGGCAACUGAGCCAGGGGCUAAUGGCAGCAGCCGGUGGCACUUUUUUAAGACAGGAUUCUUCCAGGACAGGAGAGAAAGUGGUCAGGGGAGAGGCCGUAGGGAGGACGCUGGAAGAAGGGGAGAAGGACUGGGAUGGAAGCCGUUUAAUGAGGAGCAACCAGACUUUGAUACGACCGCAAGAAAGAGAAAAGUUAAGAUAGUUUGAGGAGAGUUUCCUUUGUAAAUAUGGUACUUGAGUCUUUGAAAAGAUGGACUAAAGACCCUGCAAACUCAGUCAAGUUUGGUUUACACAUGAAAAAACAAAGAGCUCCUCCUUUGCACUUUUGGUUGUUUUCAAUAAUUGCUUUUGGUUAGGGUGACUGUCUGGACCGGGAUCUUUCAAUGACUGCAGCAAAGGGAAGAAGGGUUGUAUGUUCUGUUUUUUGUAAUAAUGAGAGGAAUUCAAAAAGUGCUUGCAGGCAUUUGUGACAGUUCAAAUUUUCUUACUGAAUCAUACACAUAUACAAAGCCCCAGUCUGUGCCUCUCGUGUAAUACCAUUACACUGAGUUACUUAGUUAAAUCAUUUCUUUUCAAAUUUGAAAUUUUUGUAAAAACACGGGUUAUUUAAAAACACUAAAGGUAUUUCCAGAUUCCUCAAAGACUCCACUUGAAAUUGGAAUGAUGAAAUACUCUAUUUGCUAUACAAUUUUUAAAAACAAACUUAUUCCCAUUUAUUAAUCAAAACAGUAGCUGAAAAUGUAAAGUUUCUAAAAUCAGUAUACAGACAAAACAUUUAUUGUCAAUUGUCCUUGUCUAAGCUGAUGGCUCUGUCAGUUAUUUUAUUUGCAUACAAAAUGAUAUGCCUUUCCACCUGGACUUGGAAAAAGAGCUUCCUGGGAAAAUAGAUUAAGAAAUGCAAUAAAACAUGCAGGAGACGAAAAAGAAAUUCUUAUUCAUUUAUUUGUUAUUUCUGACAUUUUGUCCAUCCACUUUCUGGGUUUUUAAAACAUUUUGGGAUAUUCUUGAGACAAAUGUACCUGUGAACACACUUAAUUCAGCUUUAGAGUCAGUGUUGAGCCCUGUCUAGAAGCAAUAACCUAAACAGCUUCUUAAAUAACUCUCAAUAAUAAAGAGGGGAAACUAUUCAAAGCCUGUGCGUCUGAGAUACUUAACCUUCACUAGUCUGCAGGCGGCUAGUUAAUACCAGUGUUUGGGCACCAGACCUUCUCCCAGUAUUUCCUGAAGUCGAUGGAAUGUAAUUAAAUAUGUCACAUUCAUUCCCAUGAAGAGCUAUUUCUUUAUGGUGUCAGAUAUAAAAUUAUAUUAGUGUGGGCCAGCUAACUCUUAAAGAUUAACUUCCUGAAGUUUUAGAACACACAAUAAUGUUCUUAACUACAGAAGAAUUGAUCAACUAAAAAAAAAGGCAUAUAUGGUAUAUGCCUAAAAUUUGAUCAAUAAUCAAGUCUACACAAAGAAAUAAAUAUCAUCGGUUAUUCCAAAGUUUCACAGUUUUAGGCACAAUAAAGCAACCAGGCAUGUGUAACUGGUACUCUAACUCUGAAUAUCACUGUCAAGUGUCUUGUAGUAAUCUGCUGUAUGAAAUGGAAGCAUGGUUUAAAUGUUGGUUUCACUGUUUCUAUUAUUCUAUUCAAUCUAAUAUUCCUUCUGAUCAACACCAGUUUUUGUUAAACUACUCUCUUUUUCUGGUUAUAUUUGCUCUCUUUAGUUUUUCAGUAAGAGAUGGAACUUUGGUAUGUGGUAUGUCAGUGUUUAUCUUAGUGUUAAACAUGAAGCUGAUGAAUGCCAAACCUGGUACUGCAUGGUACAUGUUGAAAGCUGUUUCUUCAUCGGUGUGAUGAAAAUGACUUAUCGUGCUGUUGGAUGAAUCGAAUCAACACUAUUUACUGCAUACAUGACAGACACUUCUAGAUCUUUGGGAAAACAUGAAAAUAUACAGAUUGUCACUUGGUUGGCAGUUUAAAAUUUGCACACCUACACAAAGAACAGUGCAUUUGUGUGAUGGCGGGUCAGGUUUAUGCAGUAGCAGUGGGCUGGGGAGCAACCUUGGAAGGAACAGAGCACAAAGCAUUCUAGGUCUUUGAUUGAUUUUCCCCUUUUGAAAGGUAAAGGCUAGUACCACCCUGUUUUGGAUUUCUCUGAUCCUAGACAACAAAUGAAAAGGUAUCUACAGCUCUGCACGACAUAGGCCUCUUGGUUUUAUAACUGUUCCCAGUGGAAAAAAUUCCAUCUUUAAGAACAAACCGCUUCAUUAACAAGUUAAGGGGCGCUGAUCUGAAAAUAGGAAGAAUUCUCAUUUAAAUAGCUAAAAUAUGAUCGGAUAUGCAAAUUUGAGUGUGUUUCUAAUAAAAGCCUGGUUCUGGACAACAAAAACAUUUCUACAAUGUAGCUGUUAAUUUUGAAAGAUAUUUUGGUUGUGAUGGGACAUGUCACAUUGAAGUGCUGCCCCAACUUGUAAUGUUUGAAAAUUAACUUUUAUGAUGAGCAGCAGUGCACCCAAGGCACUAGGGCAGACAUGAGUCUUGAUCACUGGCCCAUCAGAAUCCAACUAUUAAGGGGUUUAAUUGGGCACUGAAGAGAUUCCAUACUGCCUAAAGCAAACUGAAUUAUACUUUAGAUGGAAUGUACAAUCAAACUAGACAAGCACUCAGAGUGCAGACCUCCACCAAGGAUAGAAAGGAAAACAGGAAGCCCAUGCAGUAAAGGAUCAUGAGCUGGAAUCAAACCUGCAUCUCUGACACAGUUCUGUUUACGAAUCACCUUCUUAACCAGUUGAGCUAUCUGGACACCUUGCUCCAAUUUGUUGGACGACAUACUAACCUAUGAUGUUUUUGUCAUAUUUUGGACCACAUAGUAAAACAUACUAAAAAAUUGAAAGUGAUCCAGAAUCCAGGAUCCUUUCCGGAUUGCCACCAAAAUUAAAUCGACUCUUCCUCUUAUCAUAGUCUACAUCCUCUCAAAAUUUCAUCUGAAUCUGCCCAUGCGUUUUUGAGUUAUCUUGCUAACAGACAGACAGACAAACGCCGGGUGUCACAUAACCUCCUUGGUGGAGGUAAUAAUAUCUUUUCAUGUUUGUCUCAGACUGAUCAGAAUCACCCUGACAUGAAAACAUCAGUUUUAGUUCGUACUUCAAAGUGAAACUUCCUGUCUGCUGUGGUUUUCACUCACCGCUGUCAGUGAGUGCAACACAGCGCAGUCAAACGCUGCCUUUUGGUGACACCACUAAAGCACCAUGACCUACUUUUUUACAACCACGUCGUCAAAUCAUUUGCCAAUGAUAUUUGAAGAAAUAUUCUAUAUAGGGAGUUGAAGACACUAAGACUCUAGCAGCACUAGUGACGACCCAGUCCCUCUUCAGGGUCAGUUCUGGUUCUGGGUAGAACAAGUGACAAGCUUUUUUUAUUUGUUGCUUAUAGAGUUCUAGUUCCCUUUAUUUGGUCUUUAGAGAACUGUGACUGUUUAAAGCAUGUACACUUUUGACUCCAUGUUGUCUGGUGAGGUAAGAGACACUCCUUUUGAUUUUAGUGACCCCGUGACAUUUUCUCAAGGCUCGCCAUCAUCACAGAUUUUAUAUGUCAGAUUCCUGCUAAUUCACAGCAAUAAUUAAAUCAUUGGUAUGUUUGGCUAAGGUAGGGAAAUCAUGUACAACAAUGUCAUCUUUUUGUUGUGAUUAUAUAAACAGGCCCCAUAUGCUUUUAUUAAGGUGAAGAACUGGAGUGAAUGUAGUAAAUGCCUGCUGUUUUGUUAUGCCGGAGUGUAAUGGCCUGUGGAAGAAACAGUCAUACAGAGAACAUCAGAAACCCAUUAGGAUUUGUUUCAUGCCUUAGGAUGUUAUGUUACGGACCAGGGGUUUAAUGCAAUGUCCUUCAGUAUUAAUCGUUGUAAUUGCUUCAUGCAUACUGUAUUUAUCAGAAUUUGUUCUCUUUGAAAUUUAGUGUUGAUGAGAGGAAGAGUGUCAUAGUAUGAUGAGAAAACAAUUAGUGUGCACAUGUUCAAUGAGUAUUGAAACAUUGGACUGGCCCAGUAUUAUAUACUGAUUAUAUUCAUUGGUAGUGAAGUAUAAUAAUUUAAUCAUUUCAUGCUUUUAAUUUACAAAAUUGAAUUAAAAAAAACAUCUAAAUGAGUUUCCAAAAACUGAGUAAAUGUUGUUGUGUCAUGCAAUACAUGAGAAUAUUGUAUGACACACCCCGUAGUCAAUUGUUGUAUCUCAAACAUAUUUAUGUAUCAAAAGAUAAGAAGCUGGCUUACACACAACAGAAAUGAUAUUUCUACAUCAUAAUAAUUACAUCAUGGUAGAAAAAUGUGGUAUCAAUAUCAAAGUUAUUUUAUUUUCUAAUCAUGAAGGGUCAAGUAUUGUUCACCUUAAAAAAGUCUUUGUCUCUGUUCUUUGAGAGAUCUUGCUUUACUUAAUCUUGUCAUUUAGUUUUCAUUUCAUAAUAGGCUAAGUUACAAAAAUACAGAAGUUAUGAUUAUAAAAAACUGUCUUCCAGUUAUUUUGGUCUUUCAUUUUCAAUUCAGUUUCAUGCACCUUUGUAUUUCAUCCAUAUUGCAUUCCCACUUAGACAAAUGCACUCUGCUAAACGAUAACAGUUAAUUGUUGUCAUUUAAAAAAUGUUACUGGGUACUGGAAUUUAUUUUGUAGCUUGUUACUUGUAUUUAAGUUUUUGAAAGUAAACACGUGGUACAUUGUCAGAAAGACGCAGAUAGUAAAAGGCAGGUGUGUUAUUCCACUUUUGUCAUGCACUUUUCAUUAGAACAACUUCCAACCCAGACAGGAAGUACUUCAUAGAUUUUCUCUGAAGUCGUUACAGGUUGUCUGAAUGGAAGAUCAAGCGUUUGAUCAGAAAGCAACAGUGUACCUUGGCUUCAACCUUACUUGAAACUGUUGUUUUUUUUGUUGAAAUGUGUUGUAGCUCACGCUCUGUGUGCAUCUGAGUUUUUUUUUCUUGUACUGAAUAAAAGCAAAACUUUAACUUCA